CCGGAAGGCGCGUCGGCGCGUCGGCGCAGGCGCCGAGGAGCCGGUGAAAGAUGGCGGAAGGCGGCGGCGCCGACCCGGGCGAGCAGGAGAGGUCUUCGGGGCCGCGGCCCCCGAGCGCGCGGGAUCUCCAGUUGGCUUUGGCAGAAUUAUAUGAAGAUGAAGUGAAAUGCAAGUCUUCCAAAUCCGAUAGACCUAAAGCUACAGUCUUUAAAAGCCCACGGACACCACCUCAAAGGUUCUAUUCAAGUGAACAUGAGUACAGUGGAUUACAUAUAGUUCGACCUUCAACUGGGAAAAUUGUGAAUGAACUUUUUAAAGAGGCAAGAGAACAUGGGGCUGUCCCUCUAAAUGAAGCCACAAGAGCUUCUGGUGAUAACAAAUCUAAGUCAUUUACAGGUGGAGGAUACAGAUUGGGUAAUUCCUUUUGUAAGCGGUCUGAAUACAUCUAUGGAGAAAAUCAACUGCAAGAUGUUCAGAUUUUGCUUAAACUAUGGAGUAAUGGUUUCAGUUUAGAUGACGGAGAACUGAGACCUUAUAAUGACCCACCAAAUGCUCAAUUUCUGGAGUCUGUUAAAAGAGGAGAGAUUCCCCUGGAACUUCAGCGACUGGUUCAUGGUGGCCAUGUGAAUUUGGAUAUGGAGGACCACCAGGAUCAAGAAUACAUAAAACCUAGAUUGAGGUUCAAGGCUUUUAGUGGAGAAGGACAAAAACUUGGAAGCCUUACCCCUGAAAUAGUCAGUACACCUUCAUCUCCAGAAGAGGAGGAUAAGUCAAUAUUUAAUGCGGUUGUUCUUAUUGAUGAUUCUGUGCCAACAACAAAAAUUCAAAUCAGAUUAGCAGAUGGGAGUCGUUUGAUACAAAGAUUCAAUAGUACACACAGGAUCCUGGAUGUCCGGAACUUUAUUAUACAGUCCCGUCCUGAAUUUGCGACUCUUGACUUUAUUCUUGUGACUUCAUUUCCAAAUAAAGAGCUAACAGAUGAAAGCCUGACACUACAAGAAGCAGAUAUUCUUAACACUGUGAUACUUCAGCAACUAAAAUAAUACGGCUCCUAUCCAUGCAGUAGCAUGUAGGGAAGAUAAUGUGCCAUAAUAAUAAGGAAAAUACUUAUAGCAUUAAGAAAACAAACUAUUUUUUAUUAUUUAUACAGAUAAAUUUUGGUUUUAUUCUUAUCCUGUCUUCCAGCCUUAGUAUAGAUGAAUUUGGGCCAGGAGUAGAUUUUGAGAUAAAUGUUUGAGUUUUUAGUUGCAGGGCUGGUUUAUGUUGAUAGCUUGUAAAUAUUCAGGCAAACCAAUUUGUUACAUGCUCUGGGUUAAUGUAACAACAUUUGUUUGCAGAGAAAAUGAACAAAACCCCAUUUUGAUAAAUGCAUUUGGUAAAAUUUGCACUAAAGUUUCUUGAUGGUGCGUUGAUCAACAGCUAUCAAGAAAUCCUCUGAUCAAAUUGAAAUUUUUGCUGUGAUUAUAUUGAAAAGUAUCUGUAUUCUGAUUUUGAAAUAUGUUGAUCGGAUAAUUUCCUUCUAUUAAGAUUGUAUGCGUCCAUCUGUACGUGUCCUUCCGUACGUGUCCUUUAUACUUACUGAUUUAGCUCUAUUACUAGUGUCAAAAAAUACAGUUUGGCCUUGUAUUUUACAGAACUAUGACCAUCAUAAACCAGAAACACAGACAGAAAGGUCAGCAGUUCUUGAGAAGAUCUCUUAAAUAGCACUUUAAAAUAGAGUAAUUACAGUCUCUCCCAGAGUCUGCCUUGAUCACAUUCAUUUAUUUAUUCAACACAUUUUUCUAAGGGACCCACUGUAUAUACUGGACACUGUUCUAAGUGUUCAACCCAGAAUGUAUUCUACUCCAGGGCAAAAUGAGUGUACAACUUCAGAAAUGUAAAUUCUGUCAACCAGACUGGGCCUAAAGGAUUACCAGCAAAAAUAUUUGCAUUUCUGCCAAAGCCAGGUAUUUCCUGAAUGAGGUAGGCUAUAUCAGGAAUGAUAGAACGACUUUUUCUUCCUCCCAGAUACCAUUUCAUCUUUGGUCAACACUCCUAGUUUGUUUUCUGUGGCUGCUGUAACAAAUUACUACAAACUUAGUGGCUUAAAAUAGUACAAAUUUAUUAUUUUGUAAUUCUAUAGGUUGGAGGUCCAACAUGGGUCUCACUAAGAUAAAUAUUGACAAGGCUCUGGUCCUUUUGAGAGGCUCUAGAGGGGAAUCAUUUCCUUGUGUGUCCAGCUCCUAGGGGCCCCCUUCUCCCAUCCUCCAAGCCAGUACUCUUCUCUGCCAUUACAUCUCUUUGACAACAGCCAGGAAAAGUUCUCUGCUUUUAAGGACUCGUGAUUGGGCCCACCAGGUAAUUCAGGAUUAUCUCCACAUCACAAGGUCUGUAGCAACCUUGGCUGCAUCUUUAAAGUCCCCUUUACUAGGCAAAGUGACAUAUCACAGAUUCCCUCUGGAGGCUGCAGAGGUGAGUCUGUUCUUUGCCUCUUCCAAGGCUGUUAGCAUCUCUUCACUGUAGCUGUAUCUCUCCAAUCUCUGCUUCUGUCUUGACAUCUUUUACUACCAACUUUAUUUCUCUUGCCUUCUUCUUAGAAGGAUCCUUGUGAUUAUAUUUGGUUUUCCUAGAAUAAUUACCAGAAAAAUCUCAUCUCUAAAUACUUAAUCACACUGGCAAAAUCCUUUUCUUAUUUACAUAGGAAGCCAUUACCAUACCUACAUUACCUAGGUAUGGUAAUGAGACCAUGAAUAUUUUGGAGGUCAUUCUGACUACCACAGUCCACACCUGCCCCAAGGAUUCACAUCGAUUCUGCAUAAAGCCACCCCAUCUAGAAGUAUCAACCAAUUAUAACAUCAAAGUGCAACAUCUUACCUGAAAUUCACCAGCUCAAAAAUCCUAAACCUCAUUUAAAUCAUCUAAAUCAAGUAUAAGUGAGGGUCUUGGUAUGAUUCCUGGGACACCGUUUCUCUCCAUCUGUGUAACUCUGAACUUAGAAAACCAGUUAUCUGUUCCCAAAUAUAGAUAGGACAUUCCUUUUCAAACAAAGCGGAAUGAGAAGAGGAGCCACGUGUGCCAAGAUUUAUAUAGGAGCCACGCACACUCUAUUACAUGUCAAAUCCUGGGAACUAUUCUAGGCUUUUGAUGUCCUCUCAGAGUCCUCUUCCCUUUUUCAUGAAAGGUAGCACCUGUUUGCAGCUGAGUAGUUUUCUCAGCUUGUUUCUUACCUGUGGAAUUGUGGGAAGUCCGGCCAUCGUUGGUUUCAUACCACCACCAUCUUUUUCAAUUUAGGGUAGCAGUGUGUGGCAUAACAUUCUCCAGAAUUUCGUGGAUCUUGUGUGCCUGUUGGGAGGAUUCAGUUCUUUAGACUGGAGGCCCCUGCACAAAGCAUUCCUAGGUAGUCCCAUCUCUAUUUUUGGCUUUUUCUGAGAAGGCUGAGAGGAUCUAUGAGUCCCACCCUUAAUGCCUUCAAAGAACUUGUGGUGUGAUGGAAAAUUCAGGCCUUCCCCAGGUAUUAACAGAGGGUUGUAUGACUGUACCCUACUCUUGAGCUGGUUCCCUGACAGUGAAUUCCUUAACUGUAAUGUCUUCUGUCAGCUGGGUAAGCUAAGAACUUCCAAGUCAUCGGGUCCUGUUUUCUUUAUAUUUAACAGUUCUUCACUCAAUUUAUCUAUCUCCACUCACAUUGUAUUCUGACCAGCAAGAAGAGAGCAGGGCACACCUUGCACACUUUGCUUAGAAGUCGCUUCAACCAAAUGUCUUAAAUUUAUCCCUUACAACUUCUGUUUCCACGUAACUGCAGACACCACUAUAUAACCACAGUCUCUUUUCCUUCACUUUCCAAAGCAUGUUACUCAUUUCCUACCAAGCCCUCUUAGCAGCCCCUUUAAUGUCCUUUUUUCUUCUAACACUCUGUUUAGGACAAUUUAUAUCAUCUCCAUGGCAAUUUAGGUGCUCUCUACCAUGCUCUUUACCUUCCUUCAGCCCUCACCAGCAUUAACAUCCAUAAAUCUGCUAACAGUGUUCAAAGCAAUCCUGCCUCUUUCUGUCAUGCUCCUAAAAAUUCUUCCAGCCGUCUACCCACUGUCUCAUUCCAAAGCUAAGCCCUCCUUUUCAGGUGUUCAGCAGCGCCCCACAUCCAGGUAUCUGGGAAAGUCUACUAUGCCUGUUCACUGCCACUUAACUUGAAUGUGCCAAUAAGGAGAUUUGGAAUUCAGCUUUCUCUGGGAGCUCCAUUUAUUUCAAGGAGGUGACCUGUGGUCAAGGUUUUCCUACUGUCAAGUGCUAUCAGAACUACCACAGGAUAGAAGUGUUGGACCUCACCACCACAGAGAAACUGGUUCUCAGUGUCACAAUGCAGAGUGAGAAGAUUAUUCCUAAAUCUUAGAACAGGAAGCCAUGCUCCUCUCCACCAGUCAACAACUUGGAGAAUAUAUAAAUAGCAGUUCAGAAUGUUACCAGGAAUAAACUACAUUUUCAUAGGAGCAAAACCAUCUUCCUUAGGAAAUACUCUAUCGAAACAAAUGAACAUUUUAAAUAAGAGGGCAUUGCCCUAUUUUGGAUUAACAAAAUGGGGUGAGGGGAUUAACCAAACCCUGUAAAAGUGUUUGAAAUGUUAUGACUGUAGUUUCUUUUUAUCAUUUAGAUGGAGUGCCCAUAGAUGCACGUACAAAAGCAACUGCCAUUUUUGUAUAUGAUAGUCUUCCAAAAGGUAGAGAUUCACAUUAGGAGGGAUAAUUAAACAUUCAGAAUAAUACUUUCACAUGUACUACACAGUGUUUUGCUUCAUUGGAGUUGUUUUCCUGAAUUCUUUUUUACUAUUGCAGUCACCGUAACUUAUAAAGUUUAUAGUCAUCCCCAAGGAAUUAUGUCACAAUGGGCAGGUAGAGAGCCAUGUGUGAGGUCAGUUGUUUUGCAUGACAUAUGUAAUCAAAAAAUUUCAAGUGUCUGGUUUACCAAUAAAGAAUGUUUUCACUGAAAGUCAUUGAAAAUCCUUUUCAAAAUUUCCUUAAUUAGUUUUAUUUGAGUGACUUAAUGGAUUAUUGUAGAGCAUGAAUAACAUUCCCUGUGGUUUAAUUUCUUGUGGUGCAUCUUUUUGAUUGACAGAGAAGAACUGAAUUGUAGCAAUGUUUUCUCAAUUUUCCGUUACUGUUUCUGUUUUCAUUCCACCAAAAUAAAGGUGCGAAUUUUUCUUAA